AUGUUUUCCAAAACCAAAAUCAACACUUUCUUCCACUCCUACCUCUACAACAAUCGAUCAAUAUCCAGUCUCAAAGUAGUAUGGCGCAAAGACCCAUCACUAGACCAAGCCAUAGAACACGAUAAACGCUACAAACAAUGCGCACGCGUCGUCAAACAAGUCCUCAACGAACCAGGCCAAGUAAUCCCACUCCGAUACCUCGAAAAACGUCGCCAAAGGAUGCGACUCAAGGUAAAAAUCGAUACUUUCUUGAAUCAAAACCCUUUUUUAUUCCAUGUCUACUACGAUCGCAUUAAACCCAAAACCGAACCCGUGAAAUUCAUUCGGCUCAGCGAUCGUCUUCUUCGGUUUAUCGAGGAAGAAAAACAGAUUUAUAAAGAGAAUGAACCGUUAAUUGUUGCUAAGUUGUGUAAAUUGUUGAUGAUGUCCAAGAAUAAGGUUGUUAGUGCUGAUAAAUUGCUUCAUGUGAAGAGGGAAUUUGGUUUCCCUAAUGAUUUUUUGGUUGAUUUGGUUCCGAGGUAUCCGGAGUAUUUUAGGUUAAUUGGUUUACCUGGGGAGGGAAAAUCGUUUCUUGAAUUGGUUGAUUGGAAUCCCGAGUUUGCCAAAUCGGUAAUUGAGAAAAGGGCUCAAGAGGAAAGUAGGGUUACUGGGAUUAGGGUUAGGCCUAAUUUUAAUGUGAAGCUUCCUCCGGGGUUUGUGUUGAAGAAGGAGAUGAGGGAGUGGAUUAGGGAUUGGAUGGAGCUUGAUUAUGUUUCGCCGUAUGAGGAUGUUUCGAAUUUGGAGCAAGCUUCUAGAGAGAUGGAGAAGAGGUCUGUUGGGGUUUUUCAUGAAUUGCUUUCUCUUUCGUUGUAUAAGAGGAUUCCGGUUCCGAUUCUUGGAAAGUUUUGUGAUGAGUAUAGGUUUUCGAAUGCGUUUUCUAGUGCUUUUACGAGGCAUUCAGGUAUAUUCUAUAUGUCGUUGAAAGGUGGGAUUGAGACUGCAAUGUUGAGAGAAGCAUAUGAAGGGGAUAAGUUGAUUGACAUUGAUCCAUUGCUUCAGAUAAAAGAUAGAUUUGCUGAGGUGUUGGAGGAGGGUUGGCGGGAAAGAGUGGAACAGUUGAGGUUGAAACAAGAGAAAGUUAAGCAAGAUAUGGAACUUGUGGCCACAAGAGUUUCCGAAUAA